AUGAGUAACACGGACUUCCUGGGGCGGGCGAUUGACGCCGUCAAGAAGGCCAUCGAGCUCGACAAUUCGGGCGAGUAUGAGAAGGCUUAUCAGGGCUACUACUCCGCACUGGAGCUAUUCAUGCUCGCCCUGAAGUGGGAGAAGAAUCCCAAGUCCAAGGAAAUGAUUCGCGCGAAAACGGGCGAAUAUCUAGAUCGCGCAGAGAAACUCAAGACCCACCUUGAAGCAACGGAAAGUCGAAAAAAGCCAAGUGCGGUAGGCGCCAACGGCAAGGUGGCGCAAGGCAGUGGGAAGGGCGAGUACGUAUCCCAGUCGUCUCAAUCCUGUUUCUAUAUCGGUGUUGGUAAGAACGAAGACGAUAACGAAGACGCUGAUUCGAAGAAGCUACGCAGCGCCCUUGCUGGGGCGAUCUUGUCGGAUAAGCCGAACGUGAAGUGGGAGGAUGUAGCAGGUCUCGAGAGCGCUAAGGAGGCAUUGAAGGAAGCGGUUAUAUUACCUAUUAAGUUCCCUCAUCUGUUUACGGGGAAACGACAGCCAUGGAAGGGUAUCUUGCUCUAUGGGCCUCCCGGUACCGGAAAGUCAUAUCUUGCCAAAGCCGUGGCGACGGAAGCAAACAGUACAUUCUUCAGUGUCAGUAGCAGUGAUCUAGUAUCCAAGUGGAUGGGUGAGAGUGAAAGGCUCGUGAAGCAGCUCUUCAAUAUGGCCCGAGAGAACAAGCCCGCAAUUAUCUUCAUCGAUGAAGUGGAUGCUCUCUGUGGUCCUCGUGGAGAGGGAGAAUCAGAGGCAUCUCGCCGUAUCAAGACGGAGUUGCUGGUCCAGAUGGAUGGUGUAGGAAAGGAUUCGAGAGGUGUUCUAAUCCUGGGCGCAACGAAUAUCCCAUGGCAACUAGAUGCGGCUAUUCGUCGCAGAUUCCAGCGCAGAGUCCACAUCAGCCUUCCCGACAUCAAUGCACGAGUGAAAAUGUUCAUGCUAGCUGUCGGACAGACACCGUGUGAGAUGACACAAGCCGAUUACAGAACACUUGCGGAGAUGAGCGAGGGCUACUCCGGCAGCGAUAUUAGCAUUGCCGUUCAGGAUGCACUCAUGCAACCGAUCCGUAAAAUCCAAACGGCCACGCAUUACAAGAAGGUUUUGGUUGAAGGACAGGAGAAAGUAACACCAUGCUCUCCAGGAGAUGCAGGUGCAAUGGAGAUGACAUGGACGAGCGUGGAAGCAGAUCAGCUGCUGGAGCCCCCGCUCGUUCUGAAAGACUUUAUUAAAGCAGUUCGCAACUCUAGACCCACCGUCAGUCAAGAAGACCUCCAGAGGAACUCGGAGUGGACCAAGGAAUUUGGCAGCGAAGGCGCUUAG